UUUUGAUGGCCAUCUCCAACGUCUACCUUUGUAAACUCCGCUAACCUCAACGCCCUCUGCGCACUAUAUCACUCAAUCCGCCUACACUUUCUUAUAUGCACACCUGCCUCAGGCUUAACCUCCACCACCCUCUUAUCCUACGCACCUCACUCGCCACCAUGGCCGCCUACAUCGCCCUCCCCUCUUCCAUUUCUCUCAACUCCUCCUCCUUCUCGGGGCCGAAUGGCGCCGGAGCCCAGCUCGGCGUCCGAAACCUCGGGCGAUCUAGAGUUUCCACGGCCGCCUCCGUCGGAUCGCAGACUCUGCAAAGCGACGCCUUGUUCGCCGAUUACAAGCCCUCCUCUGCUUUCCUCUUCCCUGGCCAAGGUGCACAGGCGGUUGGAAUGGGAAAGGAAGCUCAAAGUGUUCCUGCUGCAGCAGAGUUAUACAAGAAAGCAAAUGAUAUUUUAGGGUUUGAUCUUUUGGAUGUUUGUAUCAAUGGACCAAAAGAGAAGCUAGAUUCAACUGUUAUAAGCCAGCCUGCUAUUUACGUCACAAGUCUAGCUGCUGUUGAGUUACUACGUGCACGUGAUGGAGGUCAGCUGAUCAUUGAUUCAGUUGAUGUCACGUGCGGCCUAAGUUUGGGAGAAUAUACUGCCCUAGCAUUUGCUGAGUCAUUCAGCUUUGAGGAUGGGCUCAAGCUGGUCAAACUGAGGGGAGAAGCUAUGCAGGCAGCUGCCGAUGCUGCCAAAAGUGCCAUGGUCAGUGUCAUCGGGUUGGACUCAGACAAGGUGCAACAGUUGUGUGAUGCAGCCAAUGCAGAAGUUGAUGAUGCUGACAAAGUUCAGAUUGCAAAUUAUCUAUGCACUGGAAAUUAUGCUGUUUCUGGUGGUGUGAAAGGAAUUGAAGCAGUAGAGGCUAAGGCAAAGUCAUUCAAGGCCCGAAUGACGGUGCGUCUAGCUGUUGCUGGCGCUUUCCACACUAGUUUUAUGGAACCAGCCGUGUCAAGAUUGGAAGCUAAGUUGGCAGAAACACAGAUCAGAACACCAAGAAUACCAGUUAUCUCCAACGUUGACGCACAGCCACAUUCAGAUCCUGAGACAAUUAAGAAGAUAUUGGCUCGUCAGGUAACUUCUCCUGUUCAAUGGGAAACAACCGUCAAGACUCUGCUCAGCAAGGGGCUGAAGAAGAGUUACGAAUUGGGUCCCGGAAAGGUUAUAGCCGGCAUUGUGAAGAGAAUGGAGAGAAGUGCAGACAUUGAGAACAUUGCCGCUUGAGAAAGGCCAUCGCCACUGCACUUCUACACCGGCAGCAUCCCGUUACCAUUUAUUGUAAUACAUUUGCUAAUGGCGGCACCUGGCGGCUGUUGGCGGCAGCGGAGAGCAGGGGCAGCAGUCACGGUUCUACUUCCCAACUUUCCCGGAAUUUACUACUGUUUAGAGUUAUGUUAGGCGAUUAGAAAUCCUGUUUUUGGUAUAAUAAAGUUUGUUGCUUCCUAAUUGUAACCUUCUUUUUAAUUAAUCAGAAUUAGUAGUGCAUAAUUAUGUGAAUUGCUGGAUAUUAAUAUUAUUGAAAUUAUAUUUUACACCCGAA